AUGAGUAAUUCAUCACCAUUGCCAAGUCGGCUUUGCGCCGUCAGCCAGCUUCACUCGCUGUUUCCAGGCGACAAGGUUCGUUUUCUCGCAUGUGUAACCCAAUACCAUGAACCAACUGCUUCAUUGCUCGUUUUUCACAAGUUUCCUUCUCAAGAACAUCACACCGCUCGAGUCGACAUCAGCCAGCUCCUCGACACCAUCGACCACCAAAACCUUCAGAUUGGUGCUUGGCUGAAUAUUAUUGGGUACAUCACUCCUUCUUCAUCCAGGUCCUGGUCAAAGGUGCAAGCCAUCACCGUAUGGUCUGCGGGCGCCAUCAAUCUGCAGCAAUACGAGACUGCUCUCACCCUCAGACAAACGACGUAG